AUGAUCGGAGUUGUGAGAUUCAAUGUCUUAUCUAAUGUCUCGAGUAGACGACACUUAAUUCGACACUUUCGAUCGAGGCUCCUUGAAAUUGACGCUAAUUUUAUCUAUCUAUCUAUCUAUCUAUCUAUCUAUCUAUCUAUCUAUCUAUCUAAGCCUUCUGUUCAUAUCUAUCUAUCUAUCUAUCUAUCUAUCUAUCUAUCUGUUCGUAUGUAUGUAUCUAUCUAUCUAUCUAUCUAUCUAUCUGAUCUCUUAUCUAUUCGUAUUAUCUAUCUCAGUUUGUUCAUCUAUCUAUCUAUCUAUCUAUCUAUCUAUCCAUCUAUCCCAUUCUGUUCGUAUUCAUCUAUCUAUCUAUCUAUCUAUCUCCCAUCUAUCUUCUAUCUAUCUAUUCAUUCUAUCCCAUUCUGUUCGUAUCUAUCUAUCUAUCUAUCUAUCUAUCCGUCCCAUUCUCGCUCCUUCACCUUAUUUACUGUUGCCUACCGCUCCUUUUUACCAUAUCCUUUUACCUUGUUGCCACUCCUUUUAAUAUAUCGUUUAACCUCUUACUCCUACCAUAUGCUUUUUAUCUUUUUUGCACUUUUAAUAUCCUUUUACCUCCUACUUUUACUUUUUACCGCUUGUAUCCUUUUACCAUAUCCUUUUUAUCUUUUUACUGUUGUCCCUUACCGCUUUUUUUUUGCCAUUUUUACUAUAUCCUUUUAUUCUUUUUUUACCAUAUCUUUUAGCCGUUACCACCGCUUCUUUUUUUUUUAUCGUAUCCUUUUCCUUUUACCUCUUACUGUUGUCGCUUCUUUUACUAUAUCCUUUUACCUUUUUUCCAUAUCCUUUUAUACCUUCUUUUACCUUUUAUACCGUUUUACACACAACAAAUUCCUUCAGUAA